AUGACUGAAUAUAAAAAGUUAGCAAUGCUUGUAGAGAAGCUUAAAAACGAUACGGACGCACUCAUGCAGGGACUCAUGAGACAUUCACUUCAAAAUGAAGAUCCGCUUAUGUCAGGCAGCCCAACUAUCGAGGAGCUCCAUUCCAUCGCGAUGGAUAUCAAACACAUCAUUCUCCAGGCAACUCCACGCUUGAAGAAGAUCGUAUCCAAAGCUCGAGAAACUGAUCCUGAUCGACAAAUAUAUAACGAGAUGAUGUGUAAAAAGAUUGAGCAGUUACUAGAAACCUUUUGCGAUGUCUUGGUUAGUCGUUUAAUUCGCCAAGAGAAUGCUGGUGAUAGUGCGAGCAAAAUAAGCGAAACAAGCGAGGAGAUGCUCCAGAACCUAACGGAUGCUUCGCUGGAGGAUUACCCCGCUCUCGCCAAAGUCGAGGUGUUAUAUGACAAACACAUGCUACGCCGUGCGGCUGCAGAAGCCUGGUCUCAACGUAUCGCCACGGACCUUUCUGGGCUCAUGAAGUUUGAGGAAGAAGGUCGUGCGGUGCUAAUAGCUCGGGAAAAGCUUACGCGUGCUAAAUUUCUGGAAGAAAAAGGCAACCAGAAAGAUUGCAUUCUCAAAUUAUUAAAACAAAAAGAGGUGGAGAAAUGGGAGUCUGAAGUGGCACGGAGGGUUUUGGAGCAUGCCGGCCUGCAUAAUUUGUCGAAAGAUCUGAAGAAGCAUUCUAUUCCACCACUUAUCUCUGAAAUGAUUUCGGAUCCAGCGUUGCAGAAGCUGUUUGCCGCCCGCAUGUAUAGAUUAACAAAAGACCUUCUAGUUACCCCCGAAGAUGAAAGAAUUCGCUAUUUAAGAAACAAUAAUCAAAACCUGAUCGAAGACUUUGGUCAUCCUUGCCUCUCCCACAGGCUAUGUGGCUGCACCUGUCGGGUAUUUAAUACUGUCGCUGAGAGGAUAUGGUACGCUCUAGGUUACGAGGUACAGUAUUCAGCAAAUAAGUCCUUCAUUCCGUCCAUUUUGGUUGAGAAAGGUAUUUUACACGAUACCACGCUGCCAUGCGGCCGCGCGCUUCACGAGCAUCAGUACAUUGUGAUGGGAUUUGAAGACUAUUCGGAGCGCUUUUUCGAGCUGAAGGAACCUGACGCCACAAAGAAACCUGAUGAGUGGGUGUUGUGGUACGAGCAUGUGCGCGAGAUUGCAGAUACCCUUUGCUCACUCGUGUGAUUCCAGUUCUCAAAAAAUCACCUGCUUCUGCUAAUAAUAUAAACAUUGAAGUGAGAAAAUAUGACCUCACUACUGCCCAAAAGCUUGUUUGAUAUCGCUACGUUUGACUUUUCUCAUGUGUGCAUAUCUGUCUUCAAUUUAUGUUUGUGAAUCGUUGCGUUUUUGCUCCUAUUAUUUUGCUGUUUACUCCAUGGCAUGUUUGUCUCUUUUCUUUCACUUUUACUGGUAUUAUUAAAGAUGAAAGGAUAUGAUCAUUUUUUAAAACUUUUCCUUCUAUACCUUUUUCUUGUCAGUUCGAGUUUGAAUUUAUCUUCCUCUGAAAAAAAAGUUGCUUCCAUUGAAGAGCUCAAGUCUUAGGGAACUAUAUCGUUUUUUAACUUUCAGAUUUUUGUCGUUUUUUUUGCUCCUUUCCUA